UGAGUUUUUAUCGUUGUUUUGUUGUAAAUUAUUGUGGUGACUAUGGAUACGUUUAUGGAUUACUAUUUUGAGGGUGUGUUCAGUAAUAUGGAUCGUGAUUGUUUGAAUGAAAGAUUGAAGAGGCGGGAACUCGUCGAGUAUUUUAGUACUGUCAUUGCUGGUUGUGCGAGAGGUCAGAACCACUCAGAUAACACCUCAUGCAAGAACUUCGUGAUGUCAGCUUUGAGGUACCAUAACAACUGCAAGACAAGUAACGGAGACGUGUGCCUUAUGGGGAAGUACCAUAAUCUGCUGUAUGUGGCCAUGAAGCUGGCUUUUGAUUGGAGCCUGCAGGACAAUGGCGUGGUGGCAGCAUUGUUGGAUGAGCUGUACGGUUGUGAAAGGACGUUUGAGAGGAUAUUUUUAGGUGCAAUUUUUGGUACAUCAGCACCAUAUUUUUUGGCUGGAUGGAAAUCUGAUUUCACUGACAAAGAAGAAAAUGUUCACGCAUUAGUAUUCUUCCUAGACCAUGCAACUAACGCUAAUCUUGAAUAUGAAGAGAAUGGCAAAACUUAUCGCUUUAUAGAUGUGCCUUUAGAAAGCUGUGGACAUGCAUCUCCAGUGAGGGUCGUGAUUCAAAUGGGAGCUUCAGAAAUGUUAAUGAUACUACUAAGAUUCGGAGCUAGAAUAACGUCAGAUGCAGUCUCAACGAAUCCAGUAGAAUCUAUUCUGGAUAGACUUAAUGAAUACAAUAGAAAGUAUCCAUACGAACUCGUAUCCUGUUUGAAGUUGGCUAUGAGAGCGGUACCAAGCAUCAAACUAUCAGUAGACAAAGAUGUUUUUAAGAAUAUGGAGCUGCCUGAAGACUAUAACUAUCAGAGAAAGUUGAUGCUAGAAAAGUAUGGAGAUAUUCUAGAAGACCAUUUGGUGCCAAGUUCGAGGUGUGGAUUGAAACCAGUGGAGUUAAAACAUUUGUCAAGAUGUGCGAUAAGGCAUAUUCUUUGGCAGAACUUUGAACUGCCAUUUGGAAUACAGAAAUUACCAGUUCCAAUGUCUUUGAAGCGAUAUUUAGAUUUGUGUGAGGAUUAAUUUUUUGUGAUAUUA